UGCCAGCACCCAAUGACAAAAUGGAACCCACCAGCAGUGUGAGGAGACCUGAAAGUGGCACAUGGCAGAGACUCUGUGGCGAUGGAGACAGCAGCAAUGGGAAGGCCGUACAGGGACCCAUGACACACUGGACCUGGCAGCAGCAUGAGGAGGCGCCCGUAAUCUGCCAGCACCCUAUGACAAAAAUGGAACCCAACCAGCAGUGUGAGGAGACCUGAAAGUGGCACAUGGCAGAGUGUGGGCGAUUGGAGACAGCAGCAAUGGGAGCCGUACAGGGACCCAUGACAGACACUCUGGGCCUGGCAGCAGCAUGA